AAAGCAAGAAAAAAAUUCCCGCCAGUUUUUUCCUUCCCUGUCUGAAACUCCUGGAGGGGCAGAUUCUGAAACCCUAGAUCGCCAUGGAGGCUGAGAUCAAGGCAGAGUUCGAGAAGAGCGGGUUCUCUAUCGAAGACGAAGAACAAGUACUGAAGAAAUGUCUUACGCUCUGUAUAAACUACAAGCUUGAGCCUUCGGAUCUUGUUUCGAGCUGGGAGGUUUACUAUCUCAACAGGCAAAUAGGUGAAUCUACUGUACAAAAUGCAGAAAUGGACGGGUUUUUACUGCACCUUCAAAAUGAACAGAAAGAAGCAGUUAUUAAAGAGGAAACUCAUUUGCAUUUCUACUCGAAUAAUGAUGUUGAUAUGAUUUUGAGUGGUGAACAUGAAGAUACAAAGGAAGCUAUUCUACGCACUCCAACCAACAGAUCUGAAAAGCAAGAUUCAGGGCCAUAUGAUUUGACUCCACUUACCAAUGGAAGCAAUUUUGCAUCUAGAAAGACACUGAAACUUGAGACACCCUUUGGGCAACGAAAAAACAAAUUUGUGGUACAGAUCACUUUCAAUAAUCAACCCAAUUCAGAGAAUGAAAAAAAAGAAGACCAUGGAAAUCUUGAGGAUGAUGUUGUUCGGAGGAUUCAACCCAGUGGAAGGUGUUCCUUGUUAGUUCAUGGAUCACAACCUGAACGAGGUUGCAGGUUCAUGUAUGACAGGAUUGAGGAUCGGUUUAACUCUCUUGAAAACCGCAUCAUUAAGCAUGCAAAAGCGCUUGUUGCUUCUGGACUCUACGAGGAACCUGUGGACCCUACCGUUGCUUCACAGAAAACUGUGUUUGCAGUUGGCAUGAUCUGUUGUGAUGGAGAGGGCCGUUUGAAUGAGAAGUCCACACUGUUGCAAAGCAGUGUAGAGCAUUCUGGAGGGCAGCGAGUACGUCUUGACUUGCAGAAGUUGAGCCACUUUUCCAUUUUUCCAGGCCAGGUUGUAGGUGUUGAAGGGCACAAUCCUAGUGGACACUGUUUGGUUGCAUCAAAAGUAUUGGAUUCAAUUCCCUUUUCAGCCUCUGCUAACAUUAAUUUUCCUCCUACAAAGAAGCAAGCUUUAGAUAAGGAGUUUCAGUUGACUAGUCUAUCUACUAAGCCACCAGAGCUGUCAUUGAUUAUUGCUGCAGGCCCGUUUACCACAAUUGACAACCUCUUUUUUGAGCCUCUGACAGAGCUGCUAGCAUAUGCAAGCAGAAAGCUGCCCCAAUUGCUUAUUCUGCUGGGACCAUUCAUUGACUCUGAGCAUCCAGAGAUUAAGAAGGCCACUGUGGAUAGGAGUUAUGAUGAAAUUUUUCACACAGAAGUUCUCAGAAGGUUGCAAGAUUAUGUGGAAUAUAUGGGUUCUGCUGCACGUGUUAUUCUUGUACCAUCUAUACGGGAUGCCAACCAUGACUUUGUUUUCCCCCAGCCUGGUUUUGAAAUUCAUCCACCUGAUCUCAGCAAUCAGAUAACCAGUGUUACGAAUCCAGGAAUUUUUGAGGCAAAUGAGGUUAAGGUAGGAUUCUGCACUGUGGAUAUUCUCAAGCAGCUGAGUGGUGAGGAGAUUGCACGAAAUGCAACAGAUGGAUCAUUUGGGGAUGGAGAUCGCAGGAGUAGACUUGCGAGGCAUAUCCUCAGCCAGCGUUGCUUUUAUCCUCUGUAUCCACAAGCAGAAUCCAUUCCUUUGGAUUUUUCUCUUGCUCCAGAAGCUCUUCAGAUCUCUAUCAUUCCAGACAUUCUCAUUCUACCUUCUGAUUUAACUUAUUUUGUAAAGGUUUUGCCCCUUGGGGAAAGAGGUGAGGGUGAAGAGCAAGUGAAAUGCAUGUGUGUGAACCCAGGCAGACUAGCCAAGGGCCUAGGUGGAGGUACUUUUGCUGAACUCAACUACCAUGGGAGCCCCAACACCACAUGCGCUUCAAUUAUUAGUAUAUAGACCUUGGACUGCAAGUACCCUCCCGAUGGAUCUUGACUUAAAAAAACGCACCUUGGGAGAAAAUUCACUAAUGGAAGAUCUCAAGUCAAAUUUGUAGACUAGGUUUAAAAGCUAUUUCACAAGUGCAUUCUCUAUGUAUUGGAUAAAUCUAGAGGUAGAAAUUACUGGUAUAGUUUGCUUUUGUGCUUCUGUAAUAUAUUUCUGUAUUUAUAGCUUUUUUACUGGUAGUAUUCACUAAUUGUAUUUGAGCAAAUUUUGAUGACAUUGGUUAUAUUGUAUUUAAGCAAAUUUUGUAUCUUGUUACCCUCUUUGCAAUCGAUGACUGCAUUUAGCUUUCCUCUGGAAA